AUGGCCCCAGUCGGCAUCAUGGACCGUUUCAAGAUAUUAUAUACCAAACAAACUCACCAUGCGCCCAUCCUAUCCGUCAAUACUGCCGCCGUGCUCUCUGUCCUCGUAACUUUGGGCUACGUCGUGCCAUUCUACAUUUCCAAAACUACCCGGCCAUCUCCUUCUUUGAGUCGAGAUGCCCCAUCUGUCAUUCGAAGUCGGGUGAGAGCCGUGACAAUGGCCUGUGUCGCCAGCACUGUCUUUGUCCUGAUUCUCAUUGCCCUGAAAGGGGACAGUACUUCGCUUCCAGAAGCCUUGAAACUUCUCGGUUGGUGGCCGAUUGGCAUCGUGGAGAUCAUCAAGAGUCUUCUCUUAACCGCUAUAUUGUUCAGCGGUCCUCUUUUUGAAAGAGGUAUUGCAGAGGACGGCUGGAAAUCGUGGAUCCGAGGAGAGGGUUUGUCAGAAACACUUCGGAGCUGGAUUGGCUUUCGAAACUAUGUUGCUGGUCCUAUUACGGAAGAAAUUAUCUUCCGCUCAGUCAUUAUCACGCUCCAUUUACUAGCCAAAAUGUCUCCAGAGCGCAUCGUAUUCGUGUCCCCCCUCUACUUCGGCAUCGCACAUGUACAUCACUUCUACGAAUUUCGACUAACUCMCCCAGACACACCUAUCCCAGCCAUUCUGUUCCGGUCGAUAUUUCAAUUCGGAUACACGACUGUCUUCGGCUGGUUUGCUGCUUUUUUGUAUCUUAGGACUGGAUCGCUUCCAGCCGUGAUUCUCGUACACAGUUUCUGUAACUGGUGCGGAUUGCCUCGAUUGUGGGGGCGCGUCGAAGCUGGUGUCCCCAUCGGACCGCCUCAGAUGCGAGCCAAGGAGGAUAGUGAAAUCAGUUCGCUGCAGGUUGCGGGCGGUCAGUUGGGUAUUAGCUGGACGGUUGCAUAUUAUGUGCUUUUGGUGUUGGGUGCGGUUGGGUUUUAUUAUUCAUUGUGGCCUUUGACGGAGUCGAAGUUGGCGUUGGCUACGUUUUGA